UAAUACAUAUAUGGUGAAAAAAUGAGCAGUUAUUGGAUUGGAAUGAUUGGAUGGUUAACGGUUAUUUGCCUGUUUACGUUUGUUUAACAAAAAAAUCAACAACAAUGCAUUUAUCAUAGUGACAGAAAAAGAGCAGUGUGGAGUUAAUGAUAGGACAUUUAGCUGUAAAUGCAGUUAUUUGUGCAGACAAAGCUUUUGGUGUAGCGGAACGGAACUAUCAUCAUCAGCGGCAUGUAUUUAUGAGCCGACGAUACUGUCCACAUUACACAAACAUUUCACUUGAAUACAUUUAAUUUAUAUUAAGAUAUUAAAAACUAGUUUAUAGUUCCGUUUGAUAAAGGCUACACAAAUUUAACACGUGACGUGUAUUUUUGUUGUUAUUUGAUCCCAUCGUCCUUUAAUAAGUAUAGGCUUAUUUUAAUAACGCAUUGUAAUGAAAAGCAUAUUAAGAAUUUUAUCUCUUAAACGCUUUGGCUUUAGAAUUGAAGGAUUGUUGAAUUGUUCUAGAGCUUAAAUAAUUUAUUUAUACGCUUUACCUAAUAUCUUUAUUAGAAAUGUGUUUGUUUAUUCUAAAUUCAUUCUCGUGGAAGAGAAGUGAUUUUCAGAAAUGAUUUGAUGGUCUGAGAGGGUUGAGUGAAUCUCUGGGCAGUGUGGUAAGUGGAAUGGAAAGUAUUGGACGCUCCCGAACGGCAUUGAGAUCUUCUGUCGUGGAUAGGCUCCUCACACAUCUGAUGUGAUGUGUUUCCGGUUAGAGUGGGCGACUGUGAGUGGUUGUAGUUCCAGAAAGAGAGGUGUCAAAACUGUGGACGGGUAACGGGGCAGCUUGCUGUCAACCCGCUGAAAACUCAGACGCGCGUACAGUGAAGCGUUCUCUCCUCAUGUCAACAAGUUGACUUCUAAAAUGUGCUCAGUUUCGCAGGUAAUUUGCGCGCUGUCAUGGAUACAUAGAUAACGUUUGUUUGUGGUUAUAUUUGGAGGCGAAUCGGAUAGAAUCCAAGCAGUGGGGCGAAUAUCAAAGCGCAGGUUGUAUGAUGGAUGAACAGCGAGAUCAGAGUGAAGAUGAGAGCAGAUCGAACCUGCCUUCGCCAGCACUUCACGCGUUACAGGCUGGAGGCCACGCGCACAGGAUCACCAACUUCUUCAUCGAAGACAUCCUGAGAGCCGAUUUCGGCUGCAGAAGGGCGCAGGGUCCGGGCGCGCGCGCUUCACAGACUCUCCCCGAUUCCAACUGCAGUACUGACAGCGUUUCAUCUUCAGCCUCCUCCAGCGUUUCGUGCCCGUCCAGUAAGAGACAUUCUGAAGCAGACGAUGCCAAUGGAGUUCAGUCACCAAAAGCAUCCGUUGCUUCGGAUAGUGGUGAAACCUCCGCCCGGCAGGUUCUGUGGCCCGCCUGGGUUUAUUGCACGAGAUACUCUGACCGGCCGUCUUCUGGCCCGAGGACCCGGAAAUUGAAAAAGAAGAAAAACUCGAGCGAGGACAAGCGACCCAGAACGGCGUUCACAGCCGAGCAGCUUCAGAGACUGAAGACUGAGUUUCAGAACAGCCGUUACAUCACCGAGCAACGGCGACGGGUCCUCGCGCACGAGCUCAAGCUGAACGAGUCACAAAUUAAAAUCUGGUUCCAGAAUAAACGCGCGAAAAUCAAGAAAUCCAGCGGAUAUAAGAACGGCCUGGCGCUCCAGCUGAUGGCACAGGGCCUGUAUAACCAUUCCAGCAGCUCGAGAACCCUGCACGAGAACGAGGAUGAACACUAGACAUCCACCUGGGACAGAGAGGGGGUGUCUAGACCGGCCAGUGAAAACAAAACUGGAAUUCGAUUCGGAUUUUAAGGACGGUCUUUAAAUCCAGAUUAAUACGAUUUUUUACUUCCACUCUCAGGUUUUUAUUUGCCUGGAUUCUAGUUUGCCGAUUAAACAGCUUCUUCGUGCCAAAGAUUUUCGAUCAAUGUUUACAGUUACAUUUUAUAAUAAUCUCAUAUAAUGAUCUUUUUUCGUCUUGGGAAAAGGGGAAAUGUUCAAAUGUAAAAUUUUAUUCUUUACUAUAUUUAAUGUUGUAUCCAAAUAAACUUUUUAU